AUGAAUUCUGUGCCUCGACCAACGUCUUUACCAUCACAUAGUAUACCUCCCCCUCCACUAUUUACCAGGAACGCUGCUGGAGGGGUUGAUCUACUCAAUGAGGUGGCCAACGCUAGGAGCAGCAGUAGUCCACGACCCACGGGAUCCGCCGGGAUCGCUAGAGUCGAUGCACUAACUUCCCUGGAGUCUACGUUGGAGUCUUUAGCCAACCUCCUAUUUGCCCUUCGUCAAGAGCGUCGACGUAUACAACACGAGAAGCAGCAAUUGAACGUUGAGUGGGCUAAGUUCCGAAGGAUGUGUGCGGGAUCCUAUAUGAGGAUGUACGAGGCCUCCAUGCAGCAGCAGCAGCAGCAUUCGACAGCAUCAGCAUCUCAAGGAAGGUCCACCACAUGUGAGCGUGCUCCUGGCCCCCCAUCUACCCCACACGAGUCAGUACGAGAGGCGAUGAGGAGACAUCCCGCCACGACCUCUACAAUGGAAGCACCAUCGUGGACAGCCACACUCGACAAGAUGACUGCAAAUUGUGGAGAUGAAAUGCCGAACAAUCUUCACUCGGCAUGGCCUUAUGCCUCCAAGCAUGCUGCCAACCCGCGCUCUCAAGAUAUAGGUCGUCGUCUUCGGAGGCCCUUCCCUGACGAGGAUGUAGAUGAUCAUCGUCAAGCUAAGCUGGCGAGACUCGAAGGUCGACCGGGCAAUAGGGAUCAUUAUUCAUCCUUUCCAAAGCAUGAAGGGGAAGAGGUAGAUGUUGGGAUGUUGAUGAGCUCAAGCAAGUCUCGAACACCUCCAUCACCACCACCGAGUGACCAUCCGAGAGUGAAGGGAAUCACUUGGGUUGGCGGGAAGAGAGUCCUUCCUCACCGGAGACCUUCGGUAACCCAGCAAGUGAUACUCAGAAAUCUGCCAAGAUGGAAGAUGGUCUUCGAGCGGAAGCUACUUACGGACAACUGCCUUAUGAGAGAACAGAUGUGUGUUACUCUCGAUAACAACGCAGACUUGUAUGGCGCACAAUUGAAUUAG